UCACCCUUCACCCCUUCUCUUCUCUAUAUAAAAACCAACCCACCCUCUCCUCUUCCAUGCAAACCACAAUACAUCACGACCACGUCCCUUUACUUGAAUCCUAUCUAUCUAUUUACAACAAACAAUGGCACCCAAAGAAAAAUCAAAUAAUGGCGCUACUAGAAGAAGCUCUGUAAACACCGAGGUGCAUUACAGAGGAGUCAGAAAGAGGCCGUGGGGCCGUUACGCUGCCGAGAUCAGAGACCCCGGUAAGAAGAGCCGCGUCUGGCUCGGUACCUUCGAUACCGCUGAGGACGCGGCCAGAGCGUACGACGCGGCGGCUCGGGAGUUUCGUGGCUCCAAGGCUAAAACUAACUUCCCCUUACCCAAUGAAAUUGUAUCCGUUGUAAACAGUAAUAAUAACAAUAACAACAAUAGUCAGCAUAGUCCCAGCCAGAGUAGUACCGUGGAGUCCUCGGAGCAUGAGGUGGAGCGUGAAGUCACGCGCCAUAUUGGCGGUGGGCAUGGGUUCGUUGGUCGUUUUCCAUUUGUGUAUCAGCAGCCGAGUGUUAUGGCGCUGAGUGGUGAUAGAAUUGGGUGCGUGACCCACGCGCCUCCUGUUUUGUUCAUUGACACGUUGGUACGGCCAGAUUUGAUGGGUCCGGUUUAUCCAGUUCGGUUUGAACCGAUUGGGGUUAGUAGAGUUGGUGGUGGGGUUCAGAGUGGGUCAGAUUCAUCAUCGGCCGUCGAUUGUAAGCCAAGAAGAGGUCUCAAUCUUGAUCUGAAUCUGGCUCCACCAGUUGUGGAUGCAUGAUGGAUGAGUUUAUAACCGUUGAUUUUUAACAAAUUUGUGGAGAUAUAAAAUUUUUAGUUGUUUAGUACUAAUUUCUUCUUUAAUGUUUAAAAAGGUUGUUGAACUAGAGAGUGAUGAAUGAUGGACGUGGACCUGUUGAAAUGAUGUAAAUAAGUUAGGUUCCUCUUUUUGCAGCUUAGAGAAGUUAUUAAAGUUUCUCUAUCCUGUUUUUGUUGUAACCUCUAGUCGCACUUAAAUGUAAUUUUCUAUUUCCUACUAUCAAAUAUCCAUAACAAAUUUCUCUA